CUCGUGAGAGGAAGCGGAUCUGCACUGCACACAUCGCGGGCUGGGCACGCGCACGUCAGGUCGACUUAUUUCAUCUCUGCCGUUCAGCUACACAAUAUUUGAUCGUAACAAGAUGCCCCUGGGUGAAGAUGGACACUCGUGGAAGAAAAAGACGUCUGAUAUCAAGGAGAUCUACGAUUUCAAGGAUGUGUUGGGGACUGGUGCGUUCUCCGAGGUUGUCCUAGCCGAGGAGAAGCGAACAUGCAAGUUGGUGGCGAUAAAGUGCAUUCCAAAGAAAGCACUGGAAGGGAAAGAGAACAGCAUUGAGAACGAAAUCGCCGUUCUUCACAAGAUUAAACACGCCAACAUUGUUUCUCUGGAGGACAUCUAUGAGAACAAGUCGCACCUCUACCUCGUCAUGCAGCUGGUGUCUGGCGGCGAGCUCUUUGACAGGAUUGUGGAAAAAGGUUUUUACACAGAGAAAGACGCCAGCAAGCUCAUCCAGCAGAUCCUGGAUGCUGUGAAGUAUCUGCACGACAUGGGCAUAGUGCACCGAGACCUGAAGCCAGAGAACCUGCUAUAUUACAGCAUGGACGAGGACUCGAAGAUCAUGAUCAGUGAUUUUGGCUUGUCAAAGAUCGAGGGCUCGGGCAGUGUGAUGAGCACAGCAUGCGGAACUCCUGGAUACGUAGCUCCAGAAGUUUUGGCCCAGAAGCCAUACAGUAAAGCAGUGGAUUGCUGGUCCAUCGGUGUCAUCGCGUACAUCCUUUUGUGUGGUUAUCCACCAUUUUACGAUGAGAACGAUUCCAAGCUGUUUGAGCAGAUCCUGAAGGCCGAGUAUGAGUUUGACUCGCCAUACUGGGACGACAUCUCCGAUUCAGCCAAGGACUUCAUCAUACAUCUGAUGGAGAGAGACCCCAAUCUGCGCUACACGUGUGAUCAAGCACUGCAGCAUCCAUGGAUUGCCGGCGAUACAGCACUGGACAAGAACAUCCAUGAGUCUGUGAGCGCUCAGAUCAAGAAGAACUUUGCCAAGAGCAAGUGGAAGCAAGCGUUUAAUGCCACAGCAGUGGUCCGACACAUGCGUCGCCUCCAACUGGGCACCAGUCAAGAAGGGCAGAGCCAGCUGUCGCCCCACAGCCCCUGCAGCGAGCGUCUCCUGCUGCCCGAGGGAACUGAGGAGGAAGAGGACGAACAAAGCACCUCUCAGAGGGACAAUAACGGCUGCUCCGAAAGCGCUGGUGAAGGGGCGGGGCACGACGGCAUCCAGAACUGCGCCUUCCGCCUGCACCCAGCCAGCCGGGUCUGAGCCUGUCAAUCGUCCUGCUGCAACCAAUGACUUGACUGUGCCGUGUUUCUACUGGAGUCCUGCCACACCCCCAGUCUGGCCAGGAAUACUGAGUAACUCCAGCGCUUGGCCACUAGGUGGCGCUGCAGUGUAAAGAAUUCCAGGUGGGAAAGGGGGUCGCUAUGCCAACUGAGGGAUUCUGUUUCCAAGAGAGAUGAGCUUUGUUAGAGGAAGGACAGAGAGAGACACAGCUGACAGAGAGAGCUGCAUUAUGAGUAAUGGACUAAGAUUGGACAGUGUUUUUAACUUCUGUUUUACAAACGACAUCAUGGUUCAUCAUCUUUGGAAAAGUGGGUUUAGAUGUGUUUUCAGUUGUAAAAUGGGUCCAAAAAUGAGAUCUUUUCAGCCUGUUCACUAAACAAUUUCAUGUGCGAUCAGCACAUAUUUAAACACACACACAUACACACACACACUUGUCUAACCACCGUGAUUACCUUCCAUUGACAUUAAUGCAGCCAUUUAAUGUUGUGCUGCACCUAAAUCUACCCUGAACUGAACCUCAUCCUCAGUAACCAAAACUAAACUUUAACAUGCUUGUUGUUCUUUUUUAUUUUUUCAUAAAGCAGCCAGAUGUCCCCACAAAAUUACAAUGGUCAGAAAUUCCGAUCUAAAAUAUUUCUUGUAGUUUUAUGAACCAAAAGUGAAGCUGAAACUCUUAACUAGGUAAUGAACAUACAGUACAUGGAAGCGUUAUGGUACUACCCCACACACACACACACAGUCUAAUUAACAUGAACAUUAUUUCAAUCAUUUAUACAGCAUAUACUUGCAAACAUUUGAUCCAUAUUUGACUGAUCAAUAACUUAAUUUAUUCAUGUGCUGCAACAAAUCAUUGUUUCAUGGACCUGUGGGUUUUUUUUUUCCCAUGUAUCACACAGUCUUCAGUGCCUUCGUGGUUGCAGUUUGUUCAGGUUCUCAAUGCUUCAUUUUUACAUCUCGUCAUCGUCAUCGUGAUCUGUCUGAGUGCUGGAUGCUUUCAAUGUAUAAACCGUACUAUUUAGGGAAAACACUGCAGUUGUGCCCUGUGUGUGGGUGGUUGAGGGGGGGUGCACUUUUAUACAUCGAAAACUAUUACCAUUUAUGUAAAUGUUUUUAUAUAAAACUGUUUCUCUUAACUGAUGGUUUUACUCAGGGGAUGAUGGCGUGUUCAGGAUUUGGGAUGGUACAGGAUUCAUUAUUUUACAGAUAAAUAUAAUAUAUUAACGUGGUAGCCUGGGAAAACGUCACGCUAUGGCUGAAACCAUAAAUCCUGUAUAUUUCACAAAAAUGGAACAGAAACUAUUAUUAUUAUUAUUAUUAUUAUUAUUAUUAUUAUUAUUAAGUUCACAGCCUCCGUGUAAUUGACUGGUCUGUUCGUACUGUUGCAUGUCCGUGAGGUCCCCAUGACCUCAGAGCGACAGCACCUUCCACAAGAUAUUCAUGGUUCCAAGCAAUGCAGAUUUUUGAAAGACCCUUACGUUGUACUUGAUCUUUAACUGGUCCAAGAAAUAUGGAAGUUUGUGAGGAAUUGACCCCAGUGCUCCUAUUAUUAUUAUUAUUAUUAACUUUCUAAUCUUGCCUUGGCUAGAUUAGAAAGUAAAUAAUCUUGUCCUGCAAAGAUCACGUUGAGUGAAAAGAGAGAGAGAGAACAUUCAGAAAACUUUGAGUUAACCUAAAGAGACGUUCAAUAGUGAAGGUCACGCUUUAAUCAAGUUGUUGAAUAGUUCACAUGUCAUAGUGACAUAAUGUAAUAUCAUCCUAAUUAAUUCGGUUUGUAAUCAGCUGUUAAAAUGUCUCCGAUACAAUCUUAGAAAGUAAUGUCCUUCUUUUACACCUCAUUUAUGGUAACCAAACCCUUUCACUGCAAGAACUUAACUUCUGAUAUGGGUUGUAAGAGCAUCAUGGUUUCACGUUUACAGUUAGUCACGUUGUACAAUCGAGCCAUUGAACUUUUUUCUGAAACGCAGAUUAAAAUGCAGUUCUGUUCAUUUAGGGUACGUGAUCAAUACUGACAGUGAGACUUUAUUCUUCAGUCAGUCUGAAAAACAAAUCCACAAGGAAGUCCAGUUAAUUUAUUUGUAUGACUUUUUUUUUUAUUUCUUAAAGAUCCAUUAAUACUGUGAAACCAUGAUAUUUCUGAAGUAGAUUGUAAUACUGUGAAAAUGUCAAACAUUAAAAAAAAAAAAAGAGAAAAAUAUUUAAAUUCUGGAAAUUUUUCAGAAACUCAGCACUGUGUGAAGGGUUGUCCCAGGCUGCCACAUAUAUUUAGACAGAGGAAAUAAUAUUUGCCCUUGACAUAUGGGGUGGGGGGGUGUUUGGGUCUGUUGUAAUAUUUCUAACAUUCGGUAUUGCACCACUGAAGCUAUCCACAAGUGAAAGGCAUUAAAGGCAUUUUGUUGUA